AUGAUUCCCUGCACGAAACCUGGCUGCCGUCGAUGGUUCAGAAACAAGUUGGGCCUAACCCAGCACAUCAACGUAUACCACCCAGUAUUUCUGCCUAUCAACAUCCCCACGCAGGUAGAACAGCCAGAUCAGGUACCAUCGCCUGAAGAGGAACAAUUCCAUGACCCAUCCACAAGCCCUUCGGAUCCAACCCUUCUGGCAGAGUUUGUUGGACAAGGUGACAAGUAUUAUUGGAACUAUCACCCAAACCUCACCGGGCAGCCUUGUGAUUCGUCUGGAAACCCCCUCCCAGUUGGACAGUCAUCCCUGCAAACUCCUUCUGAAAAGCAACCUAACGAUUGGUCACCAUACUCCAGUCGUCUGGAGUUCGAGCUAGCUGACUUCCUGUUCACCCGCAGCCAGAUGUCUGCAGCCAAUAUUAACAAGUUACUAGAUCUCUGGAAUGUGACACUUCUCGGCACUGGCAGCCAGCCUGUCUUCAAAGAUAGCACUGAAAUGUACAAGAUGAUCGAUCGCACUAUACUUGGUGAUGUACAGUGGGAGAAUUUUUGCAUAUCCUAUACCAGCAAACAACCAACUGAUAAUGUCCCGUCAUGGAUGAACGCUGCAUACGAUAUUUGGUUCCAGGACCCUAAAGAUGUUAUUUGCAAUAUGCUUUCCCGACCUGAUUUUUCAAGAGACAUGGAUUACCGGCUGUUUCGGGAAUAUGAGAGCACAAUGGACAAGAGACAGUGGGAGGAUUUCAUGUCUGGUGAUUGGGUGUGGACUCAAGCAGACAUAAUUUCUCGUGAUUCAACCAUGCAUGGGUCAACCUUCAUUCCAAUCAUCCUUGGCAGUGACAAGAUGACUGUGUCAGUUGCAACCAGUCAAAAUGAUUAUUAUCCCCUCUACCUCUCAAUAGGUAACAUGAGCAACAAAGUUCGUCGUGCACAUCACAAUAGUGUCACUCUCAUCGCUUUCCUUGCAAUCCCACAUACUGACAAAGAGCAUGCGUCCACUGACACGUUCCAACAAUUCCGCCACCAACUCUUUCAUUUGUCACUCACAUAUAUCCUUCGAAAUCUCAAGCCUGCGAUGACCAAACCAACUGUUAUGUGGUUCGGUGAUGGACACUAUCGCCGCGUAAUUUUUGGACUCAGCCCUUAUAUUGCUGAUUAUGAGGAACAAGUCCUUCUGGCAUGUAUUGUGCAAGGGUGGUGUGCAAAAUGUCUUGCGAUGAGGCAGGAACUUGAUACUGAUGCACUUUAUCGGAGUCGUGAACAUGCAGAAGCACUGAUCGAGGAGUUUGAUCUCAAGACCUUACGGGAUGCAUAUGGCAUUGUGGGUGAUACAAUUCCGUUCACCAGCAGUUUUCCCCAUGCCGAUAUAUACCAACUCAUCGCCCCUGAUAUACUACACCAGAUCAUCAAAGGGACGUUCAAGGAUCAUUUGGUCGAGUGGGUUGAAAGCUAUUUGAAGACCGUGCAUGGCACAACAAAGGCGAAUGUGAUCUUAGAUGAUAUUGACCGGAGAAUCGCAGCCGUCACACCUUUUGCAGGGCUCCGUCGCUUUCCUGAGGGCCAUCAUUUCAAACAGUGGACUGGUAACGACUCAAAGGCACUAAUGAAGGUGUAUCUACCUGCCAUUGAGGGGCAUGUACCAAUGGAGAUUGUGCAAACAUUUCGCACUUUGUUGGAGUUCACAUACCUGGUCUGUUGCAAUGUCCUCACUGAAGAAACCUUGGUUGCAGUUCAAGAUACCAUCGACCGCUUUCACAAGUACCGGGAAAUAUUUCACCAAUCAGGUACCAUUCAAACUUUUUGCUUACCACACCAGCAUGUGAUGAAACACUACCCUGAUCUUAUACAUUUAUUUGGGGCGCCAAACGGACUUUGCACAUCAAUCACCGAAUCAAAGCAUAUCGAUGCUGUGAAGGACCCAUACCGGCAGACCAAUUGUAACAAGCCACUGGGCCAAAUGCUCAUUAUCAAUCAGCACUUAGAUAAGUUGGCAGCCUCUCGAAGGGAUUUCAAUGAACGAGGGAUGCUAGAGGGAAACUGCCUCAUGGCAACUAUGCAGCUCCUUUCGACUCAAGAAAUGAAGUGGGCCAGAACCGUGACAGAUCUUGCAAUCGAGCUCAGUCUAUCAUGUCUCCCUACCAUUCUGGAGGAGUUCCUGCUUCAACAAGCCAACGCUGAAGACUACUGCGAUCUCUGUGACAUCCCACUAUCUGAGCGCCCCAUCUAUGGCAACAAAAUCACCGUCGUUAAUUCUGCAGCUGCACUAUUCUAUGCGCCAAGUGAUAUCAGUGGUAUUGGUGGCAUGCAGCGUGAGUAUAUCUGCUCGUGUCAUUCGUGGCAGAAUGGGCCACCCCGGUAUGACUGUGCAUUUGUGAAUACUAAUCCAGGGCUGAAGGGGAUGCAUGGUUUGGAUGUCGUGCAUAUCCUUGGGUUUUUUUCCUUCGUUUCCCAAAGCAAGUGUUACCCAUGUGCAGUAGUGCAGUGGUUUGACUGUGUCAGGGAUGACCCAGAUGUGGAUACGGGGAUGUGGAUCAUACGCCCGGCCCUUACUGCAAAUCAUCACCCGGCCACCGCUGUCAUACACGUAGACACCAUAUAUCGUGCGGCACACCUCAUCCCCUUGUAUGGCACCCACCCCAUUCCCAGAACCAUAAAGCCGCAUCAUUCUUACGACGCAUUUACCACCUUCUACGUGAACAGAUUUAUCGAUCAUCAUGCAUUUUCGCUUUUAUCAGAUUCAUACUUGUAG